UGGGUGCCGCCAGGAGCCGCUGUGGCCGGCCCUGUCAGUCCCGGUGUUCGGUCUCCUCGCUGACACACCGGGGUUGUGACUGGUUUCUCGCCGCUUCCUCUGCACCCGGUCGAACCGCUGCCGGCCUCGCCGUCGUUAACCUUGGCCUUCUCGCACUUUUGCUCCGGCGUUGCCUGCCUUCCAUAGCUGGGGCCCGCUCUCGUUGCCCGGUCCUUUCCUGCCUACCCGCCCCGGUGGAAGCUUCCGCUGGCUCCCCGGACCCCUUUGCUGAAGUUAAGCCGGGAGGUGCUGUGCUGGUUGUGGCCGGGCCUGGCUCCCGAUAGUCGGUGUGUCCGGUGGCGGUGCGGUCUGUCUCUCACCCCCGCGGUAUCCCGCUGGGGAUUUCGCCCUUUUAUCCCUGAGCUGAGCCCUGGCUCUGCCAUGCCGGGUCCGGCUACCGGGAGCAGGGCACGCGUGUAUGCCGAGGUAAACAGCCUGAAACCCCGCGAGUACUGGGAUUACGAGUUGCACGUUCCUGAGUGGGGUAACCAGGAUGAUUACCAGUUGGUGCGAAAACUUGGUCGCGGGAAAUACAGUGAAGUAUUUGAGGCUAUUAACAUAACAAACAAUGAGAAAACGGUUGUCAAAAUACUGAAGCCUGUGAAAAAGAAGAAGAUAAAGCGUGAAAUCAAGAUACUGGAAAAUCUCCGUGGGGGUCCCAAUAUCAUCAAGCUGCUAGAUGUGGUAAAGGACCCUGUGUCGAGGACUCCAGCUCUUGUUUUUGAGCACAUUGAUAACACUGAUUUCAAGCAACUGUAUCAGAUCUUGGUGGAUUAUGAUAUCCGGUUCUACAUGUAUGAGAUUCUUAAGGCCUUGGACUACUGCCACAGUAUGGGCAUUAUGCACAGGGACGUGAAGCCGCAUAAUGUGAUGAUCGACCAUACCCAGAGAAAGCUUCGGUUAAUUGACUGGGGGCUGGCUGAGUUCUAUCAUCCUGAGCAGGAAUACAAUGUUAGAGUGGCCUCCAGAUAUUUCAAAGGUCCCGAGCUGCUAGUUGACUACCAGAUGUAUGAUUACAGCCUUGACAUGUGGAGUUUGGGGUGUAUGUUGGCCAGUAUGAUAUUUCGUAAGGAGCCAUUCUUUCAUGGACAUGAUAACUAUGACCAGCUUGUUCGCAUUGCCAAGGUUUUAGGAACUGAUGAAUUGUUUGACUACCUCAAGAAAUACCACAUCGAACUGGACCCUCGGUUUAAUGAUACUCUUGGCCAGCAUUCUCGAAAGCGUUGGGAGCAGUUUAUUCACAGUGAGAAUCGGCACCUGGUUAGUCCAGAAGCCUUGGAUUUAUUGGAUAAGCUACUUCGUUAUGAUCAUCAGCAGAGACUCACAGCUAAAGAAGCAAUGGAGCAUCCAUACUUCUAUCCAAUUCUGAAGGAACAUUCGGAUGGUGCUCGGAAUAACAACUCGCAUGUGCCUGGUGUUUCUGCAGCUGUGCGGUGAAUCCUGGUGUCUGCAGAGUUCAUUUUGCAAGAUGAUGGAGUUUCGGAUUUACAGGGAAGACAUUGGACAAACAAGGAGCUAACACAGUCUGGAAAUGUGAACUUGUGACUGCAGCAACACAGGUGACCAUGGCUUACCCUAAACCCAGUGGCAGCACUGUACUACAUCCAUUUAUUUUAGAUUUCCAUUUAUGUUCGGAGAGAAUUACAACUUACUAGAUUUUGGUUCUAAAAUUACAAUGUUUUUGUAUAUUUAUAUAUUAUUUUUUGUAUUGUAAUAAAAUACCUAGAAUGUGUUCCAUUAUCAGAUUUUCUUGUUGUCCUUUUUCCUGUCUGUCUAUAAAAUCAAUUUUGCCAAAUGCAUUUAAUAUUUCUAAAGGUAAGGUAGAAUAAGUUUAUACUGCUCACAACAGUUCAUCAGUUGGGGACACUUGGUGACUUGGGUUUGAAACAAAAAGAAAAUUAUUUUCAAGAGGUCCUCUCUCAAAUGUCAGAUCUCUUGCAAAUUUGAGUUUCAGUGUUUUUAGGAAGUAAACUGAUCAGCAAAGAUCCUGAAGUGCCACUUGGCUGUCAUCUGAAAGUCGAGGUUCUCCAAUUGUCCCUCAUUGGAUGCCGCAGUAAUGUGUAUGUAAUUGAGGCAGACCUGAAUGAAAGUAAAAGAGAAUGUUGUCCAAGGGGAUGUUUAGUGCCGUCAUAAAUCCCGUUCUGGCAGCAGCACGUGAAUAAAUGUACCUCUGUGUCAUAGUUUUGGUUGAUUGGAAUGGAACCAUUAGCUACAGGGAGUGUAUCUUACUGCCAAUCUGUGUCCUGAAGUAACGCUAACUGGUGGUUUUUAUUCAGUCUUUCCCUGUUGGCUUCAGAAAUGUCAGGUUUACCAAAGUGCACGUGAGAAAAUAAAGGAUUGUGCAGGUACGAAGGUCACAAAAAAUAAAUAGUUUAGGGUUCUGCCCCAUAAGAUUUUGUUGAGACAAUCUGUUAAAUGCUGUACAAAAAAAAUGUAAGCAGUUGUUGAAUGGGUGGGUGGUCAAUUUAGUGCAGCAAAGGAGCCGAAGACUUGAGGUGGAAGGAGGAGAGGCAAGUCACAAAAACACUUCUUUGAUAUAUGGGUAUAUUCUGUAGAUGGGAAUAAUGUAACUUGAAAAUAUACAGAUGCAAUGCAUAUACUUAGUGUCUAGAGAAAAUGUAUGUGAAGUCCAAAAGAGAGCAUGAGAAUGUUUGCAAAAUGUACACUUAAUUAUAGUAGCAUGGUAAACUGUUAAAACUUGCUAAGACCGAAUGCAAAGCACUGUGUAAGCUUGUGUACAGUCCAAUCAAUCAAGUUACACUGUACAUAUUUAAAACUGGCAGACAAUUUUAAUAUUUACAAAGGAAAUUGGGAAGGUUUCUGCUAAGCAAAAUUAUUUUGCAUGUUGAAUUAAUUUUCUUUAACUGCAUGGUGGUGUGACUUUUCCAAAUUUUGUUUAACAGAUUAUUUAACAACAGUCCCAGUUGGAAUAGAUUUACUGCUUUAGAGGCUGCAGAAAAUCACUCAACAGUAAUGGAACUUGACUGCUGGCGCAAACCUUGUGUUGUCAUUCUGAAGGUGGUGCCUCAGAAGUAUCUUUGGGUUUUGUCCAAAUUGUCUGAGCAAAUGAUCCUUUUCCCUGAGCCCAUUUGCUACAAGGUAGUGCAUGGAGUAGAGCAAAAGUGCGCUUCAUUUUAAGUAUGUACCAGUUGACUGAGUUUGUGUGGGGUUGGUACAAUGAUGUGAUGUUCCAGAUUAUGGCAGCUGCCAUCCCGAAAUCCAGAUUAACAAAAUCAGUAAGAUGUGGGAUUCAUUGGCAUUUAUACACAAGUGUUUGGAUUAUAAAACUACUGUAACCUUUUUAAGUU